AUGUCCGACGAAACGCCAGCUCACGAAACGUCUGGAUCUACUCGCACGGCAGACGCAUCAGACAUGCAGACAGCCAAAGACUGGUUCAAGUCCGUCUUCAAGAUCCAACACGCAUUCAUUGUUGAGGCACAGGCCGACCGUCGACAAGCUGCGGAAGAUCGCCGACAGGCUCUAGAGGAUCGCCGCGCGGACCGACAGAUCCUUGUCUCUGCUCACCAAGCCAGUGCUGCCCGCAUUAGCCGUUUAGAAGAAUUACUCCUGGCGAUGAACAUCAAGAACAAAGUCAAAGCCCAACCGUCCUUCUAUGCCAACGAGGCGGCCGACUUCCUCACCAAGUCUUGGGAGGAAUUUAAAACACGGUUGUUCGACUUUGCGCUCCCUACUAAUUGGCGGUCCGGGCUACAACGUCAGAUUUGCCAACUCAAUAUGUCGCCGGCGGAAACGUUUCUUGAGUAUAGCACGCGAGCCUGUACGUUGCAGAGCCUGUUUAAUUUCAAUGCCAGCAAAUCCUCAAAACUUGGCGACCUCCAACUCGCCCAAUUUGUGGUCUAUGGGUUGCCGGAUUCCCUCCAGGAUCGGAUUAACAAGCGCCAACUCCUUGAAGUGGCCCCGUUCACUUACGGCCCGUUUGAGAAACAAGCCAACGCUUCCUACAUGGCGUUACAACAACCGGCCGACCCACCUAUUGUGUCCAGAUCAACACCGAGCGCACCGCCAAGCCUCGCCCGCGACGACGCGGCUGGCGCCUGUCCUGGGCCAAUCGAUCUAUCUGGCAUCAACAUUCCAUCAAAAUUUGCAACCCCGAUUAAACCGGCCGACUAUGUUGCCCCGCGCACCUGGGGUAAGCCAACUGCCACGCCGGGAAAACCCACACAAGCUCCGGCGGGACGCCCUGCAACUCGCGCUGCGAGCGUUGCGGGUAUUACGGAUACGACACCCCUUGAGGCCCAAGUCUCUGCGCUAACACUCGACGCAGCUAUGCAAGAGGAUGGGCGCUGGGACACUUACUUCAACGAUGAAGGAUGCUUCCCUAGUCUGGAACUGGCUGCGGUAGCGGCACUCGAGGAUCUUGACAGUCAACUCCUUGCAAAUGAGAUUGAGAAGGCCGAACAGGCCGACUUAGCGGACGCUAUCGCCGGCCGCCCGGGACGCGCCUGA